AAAGCUUAAAUCCAAUUAGUUACGUAAUCAUUCCUUUUACCAGUAUCUCGACUCUCAACUCUUUUCCUAAUCAAACCAUGCAUCUUUUUUGACUUUUUAUUGAAAAUCGUUCUUGUGUCACAAAUUAUGGGCUGAGGUAAAAUCUAUAUAAAUAACUCGUUUCAACGAAAUCGUUGGUUGAAAAUGGCGCCUCAGAAGCGCAAGAGGCAGCACGAUGCCGAACUCGAAUUACCGCGUCGCGCGACUCGACAACAUCCUUCGCCCAAUAAUGACGAACAUCUAUUGAGGAGCGGUCGCGUACGCGCUGGUUCGAUUCGGAAGCCUUACAUGUUGUCGCGCGCAGAUAGAAUAUCGGAAUAUAACGGGGAGGUUAAGAAGAGGGUAGGUAGACCACCCAGCAAACAGAACCGCGCGACAGCUGGACAUGUCGCGUCGGAUACUGUAUCAAAAGAGAAUUCACGACCAAAUAAUAGUAAUUAUGAAGAGGAAGAGCAAGAAGAUGACAGCAUCGAUGAGCUGGCCCAUUCUCCGGAGAAUUCGUCGCAACAAAAAAGGAAAGUGAUAACGAAACGACCGCCCAUAGGCUCGCCCCCUCCACAAACAAGACUUAUACCUCCCAAGUCGCCGUUACAGCAUCAGCAUCAGCAUCAGCAGGUCUUAAAUCAGUCAAAUCCACAAAUAAAACCAUCCGUUAUAUCGACACCAAAGCGUCCUACUACCUCCGAUAAGCCGCUCAAACCGCCCCCUACACCGCGCUCCGACCGCAACAUCGAUAAGGUCGUGUUGGGCAAUAUCUGCUUUAAGGCCUGGUAUCCUUCUUACUACGGAAAGGAAGUACUAGGCGAUAUAUCAAACCAUACCAGUGCGGGCGGGAAAGACGGCAGAGACGGCGGCGGGAAGAUAGGUGGUAGGAUAGGUGGUGGCAAGAGACAACCACCGCCCAUGCUCGAACGCUUAUACGUCUGUCCGUGCUGCUUCAAGUAUAGCAGGGAAUUAGUCGCGUGGUGGGAGCAUGUCAGAUGCUGCGAGAAGUCGUUUGAAAUGCCCGGCCAGAAGGUGUAUACGCAUCCCAAAGGUUUGGGGACGAGGACGAGGACGGUAAACAUUCCCUCAGCGUUCUCAAGUAGCUUCACGACUAUAGCUACCGAGACGGCUGGAAAGGGUAAAGGAAGGAAAAGGAGCGACGGGGGUGCGGCUGCGGGUGCGUCGACAGUGGAAGAGAUGGUUAGCGACAAUGGAGAGUGGAGUGUGUGGGAGGUUGACGGGGAGAAAGAUAGGUUGUUCUGUCAAAAUCUAUCCUUGUUCGCGAAGCUAUUCCUGGAUAACAAAUCGGUAUUCUUCGAUGUGACCGGAUUUAACUACUUUCUUCUCGUCUACACGCCUCCACCACCGACUCCCGACUCGCAGUCACCCCCGGAGCCUACUAUCGUCAUUCCGAAUUCACAGUCGUCUGUAAUAACAGCAAUUUCUGCUGCUUCCCAACAUACCCCAACGUCGCAGACGAGACCGCAAGUGGUGGGAUUCUUCUCAAAGGAGAAGCUAUCAUGGGAUAAUAAUAACCUCGCAUGCAUACUGGUUUUCCCACCGUGGCAGCGCAAAGGCCUAGGCGCCUUGCUUAUGGGCGUAUCAUACGAGAUCUCCCGACGCGAGGGUAUCCUGGGCGGUCCCGAGAAACCUAUCUCCGAGCUUGGCAGAAAGGGGUACAAACGAUUCUGGGCGGGCGAGAUCGCGCGGUGGCUUCUGGAACUGAAGAUUCCGAACGAGGGCCGAGGAGAAGAAGCUAGUAAGGACAAGGAGAAAGAGAAGGAGGAGAAGGAGAAGGAGACUGAGGUGGUGAUUACUGUCGAGGAUGUUUCCAAGGCCACGUGGAUCGUGCCCGAGGACUGCCUAGCCGUUCUCCGGGAGAUGGACGUCGUUGAAGACGCAAGCCCUGGGUCUGGUUCUACCGGGGCGGCUAUUACUAAUGGAUCGACCGAGCGGCGCGGCGGUAGUAUCAGCGACGGAGAUGCCGAAGCGGAGGAGUCGUUGUCGAAGGCGGCUCCGCGCGUCAGGCUCGACAGAGAAGCUGUUAGGCGCUGGAUCAGCGCGAACAAGAUCGAUCUUACGAAGACGUGCGACCCGGACGGGUUUGUAGAAGGGUACGCGGUUAAAGAGGGAGGGGAUGAGGAGGCGGAUGAAGGGUAGGAGGGUAAGAGAGAUUGAUAUGCGCGCGCGCGAGAGAGAGAGAGAGAAUAAAAGAGGAAUAAAGGAGGAAGAGAUGGAAGAUAAACGAGAUACCCCCUGCGUUCCGUUAAGGUUCUGGACGCAUAAUAUGUACAUAGCUGGAUAUUAAAUAUUGAAUAUUGCCUGACCUAAGCAGGCGGCUUCCUAA